AUGGUGUCGGUCAAUAUCCCAGGAAUAAUUGGAAUAAUCUGUUUCUACAUCUUAAUUCUCCUGGUGGGAAUAUGGGCAGCUCGAAAGUCAAAGAAGUCAACUUUCGCGGCCAGACAUCCAAGACGCGCUAGCAGUGGCACGUCAGGUCAAGGCGAAAUGACAGACUCGGAGGAUGUCAUGCUAGCUGGCAGAGAUAUUGGCCUCUUUGUGGGCAUCUUUACAAUGACUGCUACGUGGGUUGGUGGAGGCUACAUCAACGGGACAGCAGAGAGUGUAUAUGACCCAGCCCAAGGCCUUCUUCUAUGCCAAGCUCCUAUUGGAUAUGCGCUUAGCUUAGUCAUUGGUGGAAUAUUCUUCGCCAAUAAAAUGCGGUCAUUUGGUUAUGUGACAAUGCUUGAUCCCCUUCAAGCUAAAUAUGGUAGUCGAAUGUGUGGCCUCCUGUUUAUUCCUGCGUUAAUGGGUGAAAUCUUCUGGUCUGCCGCCAUUCUCGCUGCUCUCGGAGCUACAAUUGCGGUUGUAAUUGGGAUCGAUGGAACGAUUUCCGUUAUCGUAUCAGCAUGCAUUGCACUGCUUUAUACGUUAUUUGGAGGGCUUUAUGCUGUCGCGUACACCGAUGUCGUUCAGCUCUUCUGCAUAUUCGUUGGUUUAUGGCUGUCAAUUCCUUUCGCAAUAAAUCAUUCAGCCGUUCACUCGAUUUCACUGAACUCAACUCGAUGGAUCGGCUCCAUUCCAGCAAGUAAUGCUGCUCUAUACAUCGAUAAUCUUCUGAUGCUAAUUCUCGGUGGAAUUCCAUGGCAAGUUUACUUUCAGAGGGUCCUUUCUGCUAGAACAGCCCGUGGUGCUCAAAUUCUAAGCUAUAUGGCUUCAUUGGGAUGCCUACUAAUGGCUCUGCCACCUAUUUUGAUUGGUGCUAUAGCUGCAAGUACAGACUGGAACGCAACGAGCUAUAAAGGCACUGAAGACAACUUAAUACCUCCAUCUGAACGAAAACUUGUGCUUCCUCUAGUUCUCCAAUACCUCUGUCCUCCAGCUGUAUCAUUUAUUGGACUUGGUGCAGUGUCGGCUGCCGUUAUGUCUUCGGCGGAUUCCUCUGUAUUUUCUGCAGCCUCAAUGUUUGCACACAACGUGGUGAAACCAUUAUUCCCCUCCGCUUCCGAUCGUGUUAUUAUUAUUGUUAUGAGAGUGAGCAUUUUCAUUGUUGGUGCAUUGGCCUGCUUCUUGGGAAUUAUGAUCAAAUCUGUCUAUGAAUUGUGGUUUAUUUCUUCGGAUCUUGUCUAUGUCAUUCUUUUCCCUCAACUUGUGUCCGUCUUAUUCAUUCCUUUUACCAAUACUUAUGGCUCACUUGCUGGAUACCUAACCGGCUUAUUUUUGCGAUUAACAUGUGGAGAAAAGGCCUUCGGCUUACGUCCACUGUUCUAUUACCCAGGAUAUGAUUACGAAGAGGAUAUUCAAAGAGCACCUGUUAAGACAAUUUCCAUGUUGGGGAGUAUAAUUAUGAGCACAUUGGUAUCCUAUCUGAUGCAUCAACUUUGGAGGGCUGGAAAGCUAACAGGAAAGCGUGAUUUUUUCAAGUGUAUGGAAAGACAACCAUCGAUGUCUAUUGUGGUACCUAGAUCAAUUGUGAUCGAAGCAGAAGGUCUUGGACCUAGCGUGGACGUGUCCAAUAUGUCCAUUACAAAGAAAGAUUCAGAGGAGGCAAAGAUUGUUGUCGGGGACUCUGUUGAAAAGACCGACGAAGGUGAAAUCCUAAUGACCAAUAACACAGAUACGAAGGCUUAA